AUGGAAAAUUUCAGAGCUAAUGCUCGCUCGAGCGGCGACCGUCCUUCGCCCGAGCUUGUCAGAAGAUGGCGCGAGCAGGCACAGGAGGAUGUCCUUUCCGAGUGGAAGGAGAGACUGGCGGCGCCUACUGCUGGCCAUUGGACUGCGGCGGCAAUAGGGCCAAUUCUGGAAGACUACUACCUGCAUAAAGUUGCUAGACGGGAACCUACUCCCGUGUGCCACCAGUGCGGUAGUAGCACAGAUACAGCGCAGCACACCAUUGAGCUGUGUCCCGCCUGGGACGAGCAGCGCAAUGCGUUGGCGGCAUAUACUGGGCAGGAUUUCUCGUUGACGAAUUUGGUGAAGGUGAUGAUCGGCAGCGAGGCCGGCUGGAAAGCCGUAGAUACCUUCUGUGAACAAGUUAUAUCGCAGAAGGAGGCGGCGGAGCGGGUCCGUGAGACAGACGCUCUUGCGGACCCAAUUCGUCGCCGGAGGGUGGGCAGGCGUCGGACGCGUUACGCCGGUCAGAUGCCGCCCUAG